CACCGUCUGUCAUUGACAUCCAAACAUUUAUUAAGAAAAUAUGUCUUCAUCAUCUCUGUUUUGUUGUCGGCUCCUUCGGCUGUCACAUUCUCUUCGAUGCUCUAAUUCUUUCGUCGGCAAUCGCUUCAAGUCGUUAUUGCAAUUCACUCCUGGGAUCCGUACUUCUUCACAACUUCAAGGAACUCCUGCCAACCUUAAGAGAGCAACUAAUUUUGAUAAACGCGUUUUGGUUUGGCAUAAGAAAUAUAAAUCUGUUGAAGAUGUCCCCGAAUACAUUUCGAUAUCAGUGAUCAACAAAGCCAAAGACUUGAGCCGUGUCUAUGUCAGCCUCUGCAUGGUUGCUGUCACCAUUGUCCUUUGCAUCAUUGUGAUGUACAGCGGGAGACAGGCUGCAAAACGGGGUGAAGGAGUGUCAAAGACCAACAUGGAGUGGCACCGCCAAUAUAAUCAACAAAAGAAUGGAGAUGACACCAAGAACUAAGACAUAUUGCUUCUUCCUCUUCUUCUUCUCUCUCUCUCUCUCAUACACACAGACUCUGCACACAGUUUCAUGUAGAGGCAUGUAUACACAAACAAGCACAUGUCCUUACACAUACACAUUAACACCUACACACUCACAUAAACCACCCCAUGACAAUCAAUAUGGACUAACACACCCACACUCACAAAUACAUGCACACACGCAUGCAUGCACGUGCGUACUUAAUCAUGCAAACACGUUUUCAUUCUUGUUCCCCAAAAACCCUGCAUAUAUACACCUAAACGGAUGCUUCUUCUUCCUCCCACCACACACACACACACACAAAGGCAGUGUCCCAUACACAUAUAUAUAUAUCACAUGAUCAUGUGAUUGAGCAGACUGUUGAGUGCUGUUAUACAUCGCUAGUCACAAUGCACUUUGCAUCGUUUUAGCUUUCUAAUGAGGCCACCCUACUGACUAAGUCAGCAGGCCAAAAUACAUACAUAUAUAUAUAUAUAUAUAUAUACACACACACACACAUACAUACAUACAUACAUAUACAUACAUAUACAUACAUACAGGAUGAGCCAAAAGUCAUGCACAAAAUUCAAUAUGUUCUAGAAUUGUCCAUGACAUUUUUCAGUUUUUCUAAAAUUGAAUAAAACAAUAUUGAACACAUACAUAUUUGUACACGUUGAACAAAAUGAAUAAUAAUAAUAAUAAUUACAAAAACAACAUAAUAUACAUAAAAUGGCAAACGUUUUGGUGUAUAACUUUUGGCCCACCCUGUAUAUAUACACAGACCCUUACACACACACACACACUCACAUUUUCUCACAGCAGUCCCUUAGACACAUAAUUCUGCCAACAUUGAGUGUUGUUGAUGUUGUUGUUGUUGUGGUGGAAUAUCUUAUACUGAUUACUUAAAUCCUUCCACCAUCAAUAAAGUAAGUACUAGUCGUGUCCUGAGGUUCGGGGGGGAUUUCUAUAUAAUCUACCAUGUUCACCACCACCAUCACCACCGAAAUAUAUAGCUUUGUGUCUCUGUUAGACACCAAAGCAGCCAAGUGGCAGAAUCGGUAAAGCAGUGGACAAAAUUACAACA